CCUGACCACCAAGUAUGUUAGAACCGCCACUGGAGGACUCUGUACCUUAGGCUGAAUAACAUUAGUAAAAACUUUUACCGAGGUAAGAAACUUUCUCCCGUUUUGCUCAGAUCGAGUUAAGCUUACGUUAGCCCAAAUGUCAUUAGCUUUCAAGUUAGCCUGCUGUUUUAUUGCAGUUAAUGUUUUCUUAACGGUUCCCCUUCAAUCUUUCUCUCUGUGACCGAGCUGAGUGUGAUUCACUGGCAGUUCCCUGUAAAUGAAAUAACACGAGCAACAACUAACUCGGUCAUUGCUUGGAGGUGGUGUUGGUGUAAUUCAAUACAGCAGUUUAACAAUACUGUAGGGGAAUAUUAUGACCAGCCUCUGUCCCAGUCCUGCCGGUUUUGGUGCUCGGCCCCGUCGUGUCGUCUUACCCGAGCAUUGGCUGGUAUUCACCGAGUUAUGCAGAUUUGUGUCCGUCGGAGGAGGAGGGCUGGAGGCUGGGCCAGCGGAAUGCUACGUGUCUUGGAAGUCCCGUUUAAAACCCCCCUCUCUCCCUAGAUUAUCAAAUUUUUUGGAGGCUACAACUCGACUCCCUCCUCCGGGCCUGUGUGAGAGCGUGAGAGGCGGUCGGAGACCCGGUGUUCAGCUGUCUGUCGGCGGUGUUUGCAGUCGAAAUGUCCGGCGUGAAAAAGCUUCGCACGGAUCUCAAUAGGUCGACCAAUGUGGUGUACCAGGCCCACCAUGUUAGUCGGAGCAAGAGAGGGCAGGUCGUGGGCACCAGAGGAGGCUUCAGAGGCUGCACCAUCUGGCUCACAGGUUUGUCAGGUGCUGGGAAGACAACCAUCAGUUUUGCUCUGGAGGAGUUCCUUGUGUCCCACGCUAUUCCAUGCUACUCACUGGAUGGAGACAACAUUCGCCACGGCCUGAACAAGAAUCUGGGUUUCUCUGCUGAAGACCGUGAGGAGAACAUCCGUCGUAUUGCUGAGGUGGCCAAACUGUUUGCCGACGCCGGGCUGGUGUGCGUCACUAGUUUCAUCUCUCCUUUUAGCAAGGAUCGUGAUGAAGCGAGGAAGAUCCAUGCGAGUGCCGGGCUGCCAUUUUUCGAGGUGUUUGUCCACGCCACUCUUGAGGUGUGUGAGCGCAGGGAUGUAAAAGGACUUUACAAGAAGGCUCGCGCUGGAGAGAUCAAAGGUUUCACCGGGAUUGACUCUGAUUAUGAGCGUCCAGAGGUGCCAGAUCUUGUGCUGAAAACUGGAGAGCUCACGGUGAACGAGUGCCUUCACCAAGUGUUGGAGCUGCUCAAGGAGCAGAAUAUUGUACCAGGCGAGAUCAUGGAGGAGGUGAAUGAACUCUUUGUUCCGGAAAACAAGCUGAAUCUCGUCGUAGCUGACGCGCGUGUACUUCCCACCAUCAACAUCACCAAGUUGGAUCUACAGUGGGUGCAGAUCUUGUCAGAAGGCUGGGCGAGCCCUCUGAAGGGCUUCAUGAGAGAGAGAGAGUUUCUCCAGGUCUUACAUUUCGGCAACCUGCUGGAUGGUGGAGCCAUCAACUUGUCUGUUCCCAUUGUCCUGCCUGUUAACGCUGAGACCAAGCAGGAGCUGGAGGGCUGUGCAGCCAUAGCUCUGGCGUACCAGGGCGCACGUGUGGCGAUUCUCAGGAACCCAGAGUUCUACCAACACCGCAAGGAAGAACGCUGCGCCAGACAGUGGGGCACCACUUGCCCACAGCAUCCUUACAUUAAGAUGGUUAUGGAGGGGGGUGAUUGGCUGGUAGGUGGUGACCUGGAGGUGCUGGAACGUAUCAAGUGGAACGACGGACUUGACCAGUACCGCCUUACUCCACUGGAGCUCAAGCAGAAGUUUAAAGACAUGAAAGCAGAUGCAGUAUUUGCAUUCCAGCUGCGUAACCCAGUCCACAAUGGUCACGCCCUGCUGAUGCAGGACACCAAGCGCCGUCUGCUGGAGCGCGGCUACAAGAAUCCAGUCCUCCUGUUGCACCCGCUCGGCGGCUGGACCAAAGAUGACGAUGUGCCUCUGGACUGGAGGAUGAAGCAGCAUGCUGCUGUCCUUGAGGAUGGCAUCCUUGACCCAGCCAGCACCAUUGUUGCCAUCUUCCCCUCACCCAUGAUGUACGCUGGACCCACAGAGGUUCAGUGGCACUGUAGAGCCAGAAUGAUCGCCGGAGCAAACUUCUACAUUGUUGGCCGGGACCCUGCAGGCAUGCCUCACCCAGAGACUAAGCAGGACCUGUAUGACCCCACACAUGGUGGCAAGGUCCUCACCAUGGCCCCAGGUCUCACCUCUGUAGAGAUCAUCCCCUUCAGGGUCGCUGCCUACAACAAGACUAAGAAGGCUAUGGACUUUUACGACAAAGAGCGACAUGCUGAUUUUGAGUUCAUCUCUGGAACCAAGAUGCGAAACAUGGCUCGGAGCGGACAGAACCCUCCAGAUGGUUUCAUGGCCCCAAAGGCCUGGAAGGUAUUGGUCGAGUACUACUCCUCUCUGCAAAAGAACGAGUAAUCAACGCAGCACUCAACUCACCGGUGGAUAGAAUCGGUUCUUAAAGGGGGUUAAAGGUUGUUGGGUUUUUUUUGUUUUUUUUACAAGUCUUCAAAUCAAAUGACUUGUCUUAAGCAGUCGGAGCAUAAAACUAUGUGAUUUAUAAAUCCAUUGUAUGUUUAUACGCGUAUUAACUUAAGCUAUGUAUUUUAAUAAAUUAAAGGUAACUUGAGAUUCUUCUUUUUUUAAAUAUAGGAGCACAUCCCAAGACAGGGAAAUCAUUUUUGAUAUUUACAUGUAAUAUCUGAAGGAUGCAUGACAACUAUGUAGAUUUCACAUUUUUUUUUAGCAUUUUAUGACAAUUAUAUAUCACUGUCCGUCCUGUUAUUUGUACAACCUGAAUGAAAGUUGCGGUUUCAUUACUGCCUACAGUGCCUACUUGUUUUACAUGUAUGGAUGGUAAUUAAUUCAUCAUGUCAGUAUUUCAUACUGUUGUGAAAUACGACAUUUUUAUAAUGUGAAAGUGCCUUUCUCUCAAAUGCCAAAACAGAAAUUGGUUAAAUUUCUUGAUGUCAUUUGGUUGAAAUGUCUCUGAGAUUUGUAUGAUUUUAUAAAGUGGGCAUGUGCAUUCAUGGAAUAAAGACCUGCAGUUUUAGGAAGACAAAUGCAGAAAUAAAGAAGGUUAUUUGCAUGAUACUGUGAUAUUGUGUACUGUAACCUAAAGGAAAUGCCUUUUGAUGUAAUUUUUGAUUUUAUUUUCUUGUCAUUGAUAUAUUGGUACUGAUUUUGUCUCUGUGGGGUGGUUAUGCAACACGCGAAAUUGUGUGUGUACAAGGUACAAACUCAUCAGCUGAAGGUUAAAGGUUGAAGUCGAGCGGGCAGUGCAGUGUGGCACUCUGUGACUGCAGAGGCAAAAGUACAGUGCUGCCAUCUGCUGGUAAAAGGUUGUACGGGAAAACACUAAAAUAUAAGAAAAGGAGCAGCUGCAAAUGCAUGUACAGUGGUGGAUGGAGUUUCUGAUAGCCACACUUUUGUAAAAGUACAGAUAUCUCACCAGAAAAUGAAGUUAAAGUAACCUACUAGAAUAUUACCUGAGUAAAAGUCUUAA